CAAGCCGGGGCUCUGGGGACCCGGGGCUCAGGCCGCCUCGCUCCGGCCUAGCCCCUCCACCUUAGUUGUGUCAUCCCCCGGGCAUGCUGAGCAUCCCCCGCGGCCCCUGCACAGACGCGCGAGCCUCAGGUCUCUGCCUCCGCGCGGGGGCCCGGCCGUGUGGCCGGAGGGAGCGGCCGGAUGGAGCGGAGGAUGAAAGGCGGAUACUUGGACCAGCGAGUGCCCUACACCUUCUGCAGCAAAUCUCCCGGAAAUGGGAGCUUGGGCGAAGCGCUGAUGGUCCCGCAGGGGAAGCUCAUGGACCCGGGCUCCCUACCGCCUUCCGACUCCGAAGAUCUCUUCCAGGAUCUCAGUCACUUCCAAGAGACGUGGCUCGCUGAAGCUCAGGUGCCAGACGACGAUGAGCAGUUUGUUCCUGAUUUCCACUCAGAAACCUUAGCCUUCCACAGCCCCACCACCAGGAUCAAGAAGGAGCCCCAGAGUCCCCGCACAGAACCGGCCCUGUCCUGCAGCAGGAAGCCCUCACUCCCCUACCACCAUGGAGAGCAGUGCCUUUACUCCAGUGCCUAUGACUCCCCCAGACAAAUCGCCAUCAAAUCCCCCGCCCCCGGUGCCCCUGGACAGUCGCCCCUGCAGCCCUUUCCCAGGGCAGAACAGCCGCAGAGCCUCCUGAGAUCCUCCAACACUUCGCAGUCCCACCCUGGCCACGGGUACCUUGGAGAGCACAGCUCCGUCUUCCAGCAGCCUCUGGACAUGUGCCACUCCUUCACAUCUCCUCAGGGAGGAGGCCGGGAACCUCUCCCAGCCCCCUACCAGCACCAGCUGUCGGAGCCCUGCCCGCCCUACCCCCAGCAGAGCUUCAAGCAGGAAUAUCACGACCCCCUGUAUGAACAGGCUGGCCAGCCGGCUGCGAGCCAGGGUGGGGUCACUGGGCACAGGUACCCAGGGGCGGGGGUGGUGAUCAAACAGGAGCGCACAGACUUCGCCUAUGAUUCAGAUGUCCCUGGGUGCACAUCAAUGUACCUCCACCCGGAGGGCUUCUCUGGGCCCUCUCCAAGUGAUGGAGUGAUGGGUUAUGGCUAUGAGAAAUCUCUUCGACCAUUCCCAGACGAUGUCUGCAUUGUCCCUGAAAAAUUUGAAGGAGACAUCAAGCAGGAAGGGGUUGGAGCUUUCCGGGAGGGGCCACCCUACCAGCGCCGGGGUGCCUUGCAACUGUGGCAGUUUCUGGUGGCCCUGCUGGAUGACCCAACGAAUGCUCAUUUCAUUGCUUGGACAGGCCGGGGGAUGGAGUUUAAACUAAUUGAACCUGAAGAGGUUGCCAGGCUCUGGGGCAUCCAGAAGAACCGGCCAGCCAUGAACUACGACAAGCUGAGCCGCUCACUGCGAUACUAUUAUGAGAAAGGCAUCAUGCAGAAGGUGGCUGGCGAGCGCUAUGUGUACAAGUUUGUGUGUGAGCCCGAGGCCCUGUUCUCUCUGGCCUUCCCAGAUAAUCAGCGUCCAGCUCUGAAGGCAGAGUUUGACCGGCCAGUCAGUGAGGAGGACACAGUCCCUUUGUCCCACUUGGAUGAGAGCCCUGCCUACCUCCCAGAACUGGCUGGCUCUGCCCAGCACUACAGCCACAAAGGUGGAUAUUCUUACUAGGCACCAGUGGCUUCCCCUUGCCGGGAGUCGGGCUGCCCAGUGUACAUAUCAACAGAUUUGAUGUUGGGGAAGCCCUCAUGCUGAUACUCACAGAAGUCUCUGGGGUCAUAACUCCAGAGUCUGCAGGAAGGACAGUGGAGGCAGGACAAGUCUAAAGGCAGCAACUCCGGAAGUUCACUGUGGUUCGCCUCUGCCUAGAUCUUACUUGGAGGCGGUUCCCCACCCUGACCACAGAGAACCCCCAUUUGUGCUGUUCUGGGGACAAACAAGGGGCUUCCUAACUUUAUUAUGGCAGCAGGGCCAAGGGGGUUCCCUGAACACCCCACUUCUCCCGCCGUGGGAGAUGGAAACCUGGGCUCUGGGCUCUGCCCUGAGCUGGGAUCCUGUGUUCUUGGUGCUGUGCCCUGGGAGGCAGGAGCAAGUGGGAGGCA